UGGCUCAAGAAUGCGCCCUCUCCUACCUUCGGUGCCCGGAGAUGAAGCGGACCGCCCCCCCCUCCGCCGCCAUGUCAGCACUUCAGGGGCCUCGCUGCGGAGGCGGAGGACCCCACCCCUGAGAGACUGAUGGUUAAGCGUUCGGAGGCCUGGAUAAGUUUUUCUAGUGUUCCCCGUAGAUAUUCCCUUCAGGAAAAACAGGACACACCGCUUGGCGUCUCCAUCCCCAGAUUUUAAGCGCUUUCCAUCCUGGUGUUUUUCUCCUUUUUGAAGUCUCUGAGAAGGCUGGAUCAGCAUGCCUACCUUAAAGUCCUCUCAAUCCUCCUCCCAGCUGCAUAGCUCCUCCUCCCCAAGUAGUGUAUCCUCUUCUCUACAAAGAGCUGUGGGAGUUGCACAGGAGGCCUUGUUGGCUUCUUCUAGUUCUUCUAUCAGUCUGCCCAACGAAGAUAAGGAUUUGGAGCUGGCUUCUGAGGGGGCUGGUCCCUCUCUGUCAGGUGAUGAAAGCAGUGACUUUGAAGACAGCCUGAGGCGCAAUGUAAAGAAGAGAAGAGCAAAACGACCACACAAAACAACCCCAGUGGCAAAACAUCCAAAGAAGGGGUCCCAAAUUAUAUGUCAGAAUGGCCAGAAAAAGUCAGAACUACCAGCCUGUGAUCUCUUUGAUGCUGUGAAAGCUGCCAAAAGUGAUAUGCAGUCUUUAGUGGAUGAAUGGCUGGAAAGCUACAAGCAAGACGAGGAUACAGGAUUCCUGGAGCUCGUUAACUUUUUCAUUCGUUCUUGUGGAUGUAAAGGCACUGUGACCCCAGAGAUGUUCAAGAAGAUGUCCAACUCAGAGAUCAUCCAGAAUCUGACACAACAGUUUAAUGAGGACUCGGGGGACUAUCCCCUGACAGCAUCAGGUCCAUCCUGGAAGAAGUUCCAGGGCAGCUUUUGUGAGUUUGUGAAGAUGUUGGUCUAUCAGUGCCAGUACAGCCUCCUCUAUGACAGCUUUCCUAUGGACAACCUCAUCUCUCUGCUCACUGGCCUUUCGGAUUCCCAAGUCCGUGCCUUCCGUCACACCAGUACCCUGGCUGCCAUGAAACUGAUGUCUUCCCUGGUAAGAGUUGCCCUUCAGUUGAGUCUGCACAAGGACAACAAUCAGCGUCAGUAUGAGGCUGAAAGAAACAAAGGACUAGAGCAAAGAUCACCUGAGAGGCUGGAAAGCCUCCUCGAGAAACGCAAAGAGCUCCAAGAACAUCAAGAAGAGAUUGAGGGGAUGAUGAAUGCCAUCUUCAGGGGUGUCUUUGUUCAUCGGUACAGGGACAUCCUUCCUGAGAUCCGUGCUAUCUGCAUUGGAGAGAUUGGAUGCUGGAUGCAAAGCUACAGUACCUCUUUUCUCACUGACAGCUAUUUAAAAUAUAUCGGCUGGACCCUGCAUGAUAAGCACCGGGACGUCCGUCUGACAUGCCUGAAAGCUCUGCAAGGACUGUACAGCAACCGGGAGCUGACUGCUCGCCUGGAGCUAUUCACCAGCCGCUUCAAGGACCGGAUGGUUUCCAUGGUCAUGGACAGAGAGUACGAUGUGGCAGUGGAGGCCGUCAGGUUGCUGAUCUUGAUCAUGAAGAACAUGGAAGGAAUGCUGACCAAUGCAGACUGUGAGAGUGUCUACCCUGUUGUAUAUGCUUCUCAUCGCGCCCUGGCUGCUGCUGCGGGGGAGUUUUUGUACUGGAAGCUCUUCUACCCUGAGUUCGAGGUGAGAACAGUUGGCGGCAGAGAACGACACCGAAGUCCACAAGCCCAGAGGACUUUCUUCCACCUUCUGCUGUACUUUUUUAUGGAGAGUGAGCUCCACUAUCAUGCUGCUUACUUAGUAGACAGCCUGUGGGAUUGUGCAGGGCCUCAUCUAAAGGACUGGGAGAGUCUCACAAGCCUGCUGCUGGAGAAGGACCAGAACCUGAGUGACGUGCAGGAGAACACGCUGAUAGAGAUCCUUGUGUCCAGUGCCCGACAAGCUGUGGAGGGUCACCCGCCUGUGGGGCGGGUCAGUGGGAGAAAGGGCCUAUCCACUAAAGAACGCAAGGUCCAAGCUGAUGACAAGGUGAAGCUGACUGAGCACCUCAUACCCUUGCUGCCCCAGCUCCUGGCCAAGUUCUCAGCUGAUGCAGAGAAGGUCGCCCCCCUGCUCCAGCUCCUCAACUACUUUGACCUCAGCAUCUACUGCACUGGGCGCUUAGAGAAGCACCUGGAGUUGCUCUUGCAGCAACUCCAAGAAGUGGUGGUGAAGCAUACAGAGCCCCCAGUGCUUGAGGCUGGUGCACAAGCCCUCUAUCUGCUCUGUAAGCCUGAGUUCACAUUCUUCAGCCGGGUAGACUUUGCCCGCAGCCAACUAGUGGACCUGUUGACCGACCGCUUCCACCAGGAGCUUGAGGAGCUGCUGCAGUCAUCUUUCCUAGAUGAAGAUGAGGUGUACAGUCUGACAGCUACUCUGAAACGUCUCUCUGCCUUUUACAAUGCUCAUGAUCUGACUCGCUGGGAGCUCUAUGACCCAUGCUACCGUCUCCUCCGGAAGGCUGUGGACACGGGAGAGAUUCCACACCAGGUGAUCCUGCCAGCCUUGACUCUUGUCUAUUUUUCCAUUCUCUGGACGCUAACCCACAUUUCUGGGUCAGGUGGUUCCCAGCUGCUGUUUCCACAGAAGCAGUUGUUGAGUCUGAAGGGCAGAAUGGUGGCUGUCUGUGAACUCUGCCAGAACUGCCUCUCUGAUGUGGAUCUAGAGAUCCAGGAGCAGGCUUUUGUUUUAUUGAGCGAUCUGCUUCUCAUCUUCAGCCCUCAAAUGAUUGCAGGGGGACGAGAUUUCCUUAGGCCCCUCAUCUUUUCCCCAGAAGCUACUCUCCAGUCUGAAUUAGCCAGCUUCCUCAUGGACCACGUCUUCCUUCAGUCUGGAGACCUGGGCAGUGGUCAGACCCAGGAUGAUCACAGGCAGAUAGAGCAGCUGCACCAGCGGCGCCGCCUCCUUGCUGGGUUCUGCAAGCUGUUGCUGUAUGGGGUACUGGAGCUGGAUGCCGCGUCAGAUGUUUUCAAACACUACAACAAGUUUUAUAAUGACUAUGGUGACAUUAUCAAGGAAACGUUGACCAGAGCAAGGCAGAUUGACCGAAGCCAUUGUUCCCGAAUCCUGUUGCUGAGUCUCAAGCAGCUAUACACAGAACUACUUCAGGAGCGGGGACCCCAAGGUCUAAGUGAAUUGCCAGCCUUCAUGGAGAUGAGGGACCUGGCCCGGAAGUUUGCCUUGAGCUUUGGACCUCAGCAACUACAGAACCGUGACAUUGUGAUCAAGCUGCACAAGGAAGGCAUCGAGUUCUCCUUGUCCGAGUUUCCUCCAGCUGGCUCCUCUGAUGAGCCCCCCAAUCUGGCAUUCCUGGAGCUCCUUUCAGAGUUCUCUCCCCGCCUUUUCCAUCAAGACAAGCAGCUGCUACUGUCCUGCCUGGAGAAGUGUCUGCAGCGUGUCCCCCAAACACCUGGCUGUCCCUGGGGUCCAGUCAUUACCUACCGCCGCUCCCUUACCCCUGUAGAGAACACAGCAGAGGCCAGUCCUCCGGGUCACUCCCGCUCCAAAAAGAGGCGCAUUGAAGGCCCCAGCAAGCAUCAGGGAGCAGACCAAGAGGAAAGCUUGCAGCUCAGCAGUGUCCCACCCACACCCACUCUUACUUCCACUGCUGUGAAGAACAAGCAGCCCCUGGGAGUGCUGGGAGAGACUGAAGGAGUAGAUGGCUUGGAAUCAGAGUUCAGCCAGAGCCGGUUCCUCUCAGGUACCCAGAGGGUGAGGCUCUCAAGUGCACCAUAUUUUCAGACUCCAUACAGCCCUUCAGGUCCUGGUCUGGACAACAAGCUGACCCGACUCAGCCUUAUGGAAGAGGAUGAAGAAGAGCUAGAAAGUCUAGAUGAAUCAAGUGAGGAAUGGCAGAAUACAAAGAAGCAACCCAGUAGCCACUCUUCACUCAGUGAACAAGGACUGGACCUAUUGGAUACUACAGAGCUGAACAUAGAGGAUUUCUGAAAGGAUCCUCUGCCCCUCCCUUCCCCACCUCAAGGACAUGACCACUUGGAAAAGACAAAGAGGAGGAAGAAGCAAAAUGAAGAGUUCCUUGAGGUCUCAGCUCUCAUCUCUGACAGGGAGAGGUGGCUUUUCCUUUCUAACCAACCCUCCUCUCCAGUGGUGUAGAGAGGCUGAGAGUUCCUGUCCUCCCUGUUGCACCAUGGUGCUGACCCUCUGUUUCUACUGUGUUUGGAGUGGGGUGGGCUUUGCCUCCAUAUUGGAGAAGGGUACUAGCUCUUUGGGUUAAGUGAGCCCCUGGUUUCCUGUCUGUUUGGGACUUCGUCCCCAGUUUCCUCCAAGCCCAAGUGGUAGCUCAAUAAACGUGUUUGAGUCA